UGUCGAACGCCCCCGAGAGCGUUCGCCGCGGAUCCGCGGAUUAGUUUUUUCUCUCCUCGCUUUUUCUUUCUGCUUGACAGUAUAUGAAUAUUCAAGAAUCGUUGUUUGACAACCUCUCCGGGUCAAAAUGACAAGUGUAGCGCUGACCUAGAGCUCGAAAAUUCCGUCGCAGGGUUCCUCCGCUGGAAAAAAGUGGCGCGAGAGGAAAAAUAUAGGUUAGGUUCGAAAGCGUUCGACUUGUGAAGUUGGUGGAUUAUUAAAGUGGCGAUGUUUUCGUUCCUGGAUUGAAAGAUUCUCGGAGAUCAGGAACACUGCCUGCACUAGGUGCUUCUGACGGAAAGCAUGGUGCAACAGCGUCAGGUGCUUCCUCGCCGAAACGUCAGAAUCCUCCUCGUCGGCGACCGUGGCGUAGGUAAAACUUCCCUAAUAUUAUCUUUGGUAAGUGACGAAUAUGCCGAAGAUGUUCCUGGCAAAGCAGAGGAGAUCACUAUCCCUGCAGAUGUCACUCCAGAACAAGUUCCAACUCGCAUUGUUGACUACUCUGCCACAGAACAAACAGAAGACCAGUUGUGCGAUGAGAUUCAAAAGGCUCACGUGAUAUGCGUGGUUUACUCUGUCGAGGAUGAAGAUACACUCGACAGAGCUUCCUCUUAUUGGUUACCCCUCGUCCGAAAAUGUUCUUCAACAAAUCGCUGUCCAGUUGUACUCGUAGGAAACAAAAUCGAUCUUGUCGACUACUCAACCAUCGAGGCCGUCUAUCCAAUAAUGAAAGAUUUUUCCGAAAUCGAAAGCUGUAUAGAGUGUUCUGCUAAGACGUUGCAAAAUAUUUCGGAGAUGUUCUACUAUGCACAAAAAGCGGUAUUGCACCCCACAACUCCUUUGUACAAUUACGAUACACAAGAGCUCACUGAAGAAUGUCAGACUGCAUUGAAGCGAAUAUUCAAAAUUUGUGAUUUAGACAACGAUGGUCUUUUGAGUGACAUGGAAUUGAACGCGUUUCAACAGUGGUGCUUCAACACCCCUUUACAACCUCAAGUCCUCGAGGACGUAAAGGCUGUCCUCUCGAAAAAUAUACAGGACGGAAUUUACAAAGGCUGUGUCACAUUAAAAGGAUUUAUGUACUUGCAAUGUUUAUUUAUUCAACGUGGACGAAACGAGACGACCUGGGCUGUUUUGAGGAAAUUCGGAUAUGAUAAUGACCUUCAGAUGGCAAAAGAUUAUAUAAAUCCACUAUUAAAAGUUCCACUCGGAUGUACAACAGAGCUUUCGCACAAGGGGCAAGAGUUUCUCACCCUUUUAUUCACAAUGCAUGAUCGUGAUCACGACGGAGCUCUUUCCCCCCAAGAAAUGGAUUCCUUAUUUUCCAAGUGCCCCUCUCCGCCCUGGGGAAACGAAUACAAACACACGGUCUGCACAAACGAGCAGGGGUGGAUCACUUUCCAAGGUUUCAUGUGUCAGUGGGCUCUGCUGACUUAUACUGACGUGAAAAAAACUUUAGAGUGUAUGGCAUAUCUCGGCUACAAUUUGUAUAACAACGAGUGCCCGACAACGGCAGUUACUGUCACCAGGGAGAAGAAAUUGGAUCUCGCGAAGAAACAGUCGAGUCGAAAUGUGUACAGUUGUCAUGUGAUUGGCCCAAAGAGCAGCGGAAAGACGACACUCUGCAGGACAUUUGUCGACCCUAAAUUGGAGAAAUUAACAGAUGAGAUAGUACCUCAAAAUUCGCAUGUGACUGUGAAUACGGUGCACGUUUAUGGACAAGAGAAGACAAUAAUUCUGAGGGAUAUUAACAUACUAAAUGUUCAAGAUGCCUUAAGCCCCGCACAAAUUCAGUGUGAUGUGGCAGCUUUGGUUUACGAUACCAGCAGCCCCAAAUCAUUUGAGUACAUCGCGCGAAUUUAUAUUAAAUACUUUGCUGAGAGUAAAAUACCCGUGCUUAUAAUAUCAAAUAAGAGUGAUCUCGCUGAAGUGAAGCAGGAGUAUCUCCUUCAGCCAGGGAGUUUCUGUAAUAAGUAUAAACUGAUGCCGCCACAGCCUUACAGUAUUUCUCGAACUGUUCGCCGAGAAAUAUUCGUCAAGCUCGCUACAAUGGCAGCCUUUCCCCGCUUUCAAGCAGCGUGGGUAUUAUUUUACAAACACAGUCCUUUGAGACGAAUGGUCCACAUGUUGCUUCUGAAACCCUCACCAAGUCAAUGGUGGAGUUCGCUCACAAGACAUAUGAAGCAAUUCGGCUUGAUCCAGGGUGAAUCUGUCGUCUGGUGGAAAGCAGGAAUUGGAAUCGCGAUGGCGACAGUCGCUGGUUUUAUGGUGAUGCGUGUCCUAAAUACUGAUAAAAGAUAGUCUACAAUUCCCGUUCCCCUAUGCACAUGUUCAGUUGAUUCAAAGCCCAUCUCCUAUAAGAGCUUGUUAAGUUAAUAAACCUGUUCAUAAAUCA